UUGGCCCGAGCGGCCGCCUCUCACACCGCCUCGGGCGGGGCCCGGGGUGCGCCGCGCGUGCGCCCGGGCUGGGCCGCCGGCGAUGCUGCUCCAGAGCUUGGUUGGGGCAGGCCGGACGGUGGUCGCCGCUACCCGCGGUCCGGGGCCACGUCUCUCCAGCUGGGACCGGUGGCAAAGGCUUCCUGAAGGUGACAGGAUUCUUUACAGGCCACAUGCCUGGAUCCAAGUCCGUGAAGGCCACAGAGAUUUCGGGAAGGACCAUGUGGAGGGGGGCGCUCAAUCAGGUGCAGAUAGCAACAGGCAGCCCAAGUCGUCCUUGCCUGGCGGGGGCCCCCCAGACCCCCCGUAUCCCCCGCCGCCUGAGCUCCAGCCCCCCACAAACUGCUGCAUGAGUGGCUGCCCCAACUGCGUGUGGGUGGAGUACGCAGAUUUGUUGCUGCAGCACUACCGGGAUGGCGGUGAGCGGGCCCUGGCCGCGGUGGAGGAGCACGUGGCUGACCAGAACCUCAAGGCCUUCCUCAGGGUGGAGAUCCAGCUCCGCGUGAGGAGUGGGGGCUGAGCCACUUGCCCAGCACCCACACCGGCUCCAGCCUGACAGCCCCUUCUCAGGAAGCAGCACGGAGCUUUAUGCGUGGCCCUGCACGAAGCUGGUGUCAGACAGGAAUAGGAAGGAUUAUUUAUUGACUUUAUCUGAGAAUAAACAAGUCUCUGUGGUGGUUAGAUGGGAA